AUGUUAUCUCAUUCUAUACGCUCCCGUCUACCGGGAUGCGCCGCUUGCAGGAUCACGCAACGCUCUGGAUAUAGCACUGUCAGGGGUCUGCCAAAGGCGAUGCCUGUUCGCCAGUCUCUAUCUGUCUACCGACACUCCUUUGCGACCCAGAAGGCCUUCCGACGCUCCCGACUACCCUCUCCAAGAUUGCAAUGCCGCUCUCUAACCACCGAGGCGAGCCCUGCGCCCGAGACUUCAAAACGAGAACGUCGCGGCCGGAUACUGCGUUUUGGAUAUCGAGUAUUGGCGUUCAGUGGUGGUGUGAUGCUGUUCGGUGCAGGGCUCGUGGGUGCAUUCUUCGUAUACGAUGCAUCUACCUACCGCACCGACGCAGACAACGUCGACAUUCCAGUCUCGCAAAUCGCACUCAAUCCACGGCGAGGGGGCCCUAAGAACCUUCCCAUUGCCGAAGUCCUUGUUGACGACCAUGACUGUGAUAUAAAGGUGGAACAAAAAGACAAGCCGAAGCUUGUUAUACUCGGUACCGGAUGGGGGAGUGUUGCAUUGAUGAAGAGCUUGAACCCGGGAGACUAUCAUGUCACGGUCGUCUCUCCCGUAAACUACUUUCUCUUUACUCCAAUGCUGCCUUCAGCAACAGUUGGGACCCUCGGACUCAGCUCGUUGGUAGAACCUAUUAGGUUGGUUGUACGGAGGCUCCGUGGACACUUCCUUCGAGCAGAGGCAGUGGAUGUAGAUUUCGAUGAGAAACUCGUUGAGAUAUCUCAGGUUGACUGUGAUGGCAAUCGAAAUAACUUCUACCUGCCGUAUGACAAGCUAGUUAUUGGAGUUGGCUCUACAACCAACCAGCAUGGCGUUAAGGGGCUCGAACAUUGUAACUUUUUGAAAUCCAUUGACGAUGCUCGUCAGAUUAAAGCAAAAGUGCUACGGAACUUGGAGGUUGCUUGUCUUCCGACAACUAGCGACGAGGAACGAAAACGUCUUCUGUCCUUCGUUGUUUGUGGAGGCGGCCCGACUGGUGUUGAAUUCGCCGCUGAGCUGUUUGACAUGCUAAAUGAAGACCUGUUCCGAUCGUUCCCCAGGAUUCUCAGAAACGAAAUAUCUGUUCACCUUAUCCAGAGCAGGAGCCAUAUUCUUAACACUUAUGAUGAAACCCUAUCUCUCUACGCAGAGCGACGAUUUGCUCACGACCAAGUUAAUGUUCUUACGAACUCAAGGGUCAAAGAAGUUCAAUCCGACAAAAUCCUAUUCACCCAAAUGGAAGAUGGAAAGCCGGUUGUAAAGGAGAUUCCAAUGGGCUUCUGCCUGUGGUCAACAGGAGUCGCCCAAGCUGAACUCUGCCGAAAACUCUCUAAAAAGCUUGAAGGACAGAACAAUAGGCAUGCCCUAGAGACAGAUACCCAUCUUCGACUCCUCGGAGCUCCACGCGGAGAAGUAUACGCCAUUGGAGAUUGCUCUACAGUACAGAACAAUGUUGCCGAUCACAUCCUCUCCUUCUUACGUGAAAUUGCCUGGGAAAAAGGUCGAGACCCCCAGAAAAUCCAUCUCACCUUUGGUGAAUGGCGCGAUGUGGCCCAGCGUGUAAAAAAGCGCUUCCCACAAGCUUCAAACCAUCUGCGAAGACUAGACAAGCUUUUCGAGCAAUACGACAUUGAUCGUAGUGGCACCCUGGAUUUCCAUGAACUGCACGAACUUCUUGUCCAAAUUGAUUCAAAACUCACUUCCCUUCCUGCAACCGCCCAGCGAGCUAACCAACAAGGGCACUAUCUCGGCCGCAAGUUCAAUAAAAUUGCCCUUGCCGUGCCCGGCAUGCGAUCAAAGGAAGUCAACUUCGAAAGCCUUGAUGAAAGCGUUUACAGAGCUUUCGAAUACAAGCACCUUGGCAGUUUGGCAUACAUUGGUAACGCCGCUGUCUUUGAUAUCAAUGGCCUUAGCUUCGGAGGCGGUUUACUCGCCGUUUAUCUAUGGCGAAGUAUUUAUUUUGCUCAGAGCGUCAGCAUCAGAACUAGAGUCCUGAUGGCGAUGGAUUGGGCUAAGAGAGCUCUAUUUGGAAGAGACAUGAUGAAUUUCUAA